GUCGAGACAUUGUUGCAAAAUAAACCUGAGACGUGUAGAGCUGCCUGUGAUGAUUAUCUGAAUUCGAUCGGAAACGGUGGCAGACCUAUUCUUCAGUCUGAGGAUAAACUACAGUUCAACAACUAUUGGAUAUGGUUUGUCGUUAUCUACUAGACCGCAUGGCAUAAAUGAUUCAUCCAACUAGUGGUGGGCAUUACAUUUUACAGUGUACCGUAUUGUAGCCUAUACAGUAGUCUUUGUUUUGCAUUAGAGGCAAGAUCAGAAAAUUGUCACUCUUUCCCAGAAUAUUUCUUACACAUUAGUAACAUUAUCAUUACUUACACAAUAGUAACACUAUCAUUAUUUACACAUUAGUAACACUAUCAUUGCAAAAUAAGAAAUGGAUGAAUCAAAUGGUUCUUCAAAAAGGACUAUUCUGUGUUUAUUUGACGUGGACGGCACUCUUACCCCACCGAGAGAGAAAAUUGACCCUAAGCUGGAUGAGUUUUUCCAGUCUCUGCGCAGGAAAGUGAAGAUCGGCAUAGUGGGUGGAUCAGACUACUCAAAGAUCGCAGAACAGCUGGGGGAGGGAGAUGAAGUGAUACAGAAGUUUGACUAUGUGUUUGCUGAGAAUGGCACGGUGCAGUACAAAGAUGGGAAGCUCCUUUCCAAACAGGCCAUCCAGAACCAGAUAGGAGAGGAACUACUGCAGGACCUCAUUAACUUCUGUCUCAGCUACAUGGGGCUGAUCAAGCUGCCCAAGAAAAGAUUAAUGCCUUAUUCUGCCCUCAGGGGCACCUUUAUCGAAUUCCGCAACGGAAUGCUGAACAUCUCCCCCAUUGGCCGGAGCUGCACACUUGAGGAGCGAAUCGAAUUCUCUGAAAUUGACAAGAGAGAGAAAAUCCGGGAGAAGUUUGUUGCGGCCCUGCAGGAGGAGUUUGCUGGGAAGGGUCUACGAUUUACUAGAGGUGGUCUCAUCAGUUUUGACGUGUUCCCUGAAGGCUGGGACAAGAGGCUCUGUCUGGACGUGCUGGAGGGGGAGGGCCUGGACGCUAUCUACUUCUUUGGCAACGAGACAUCGUCUGGGGGAAACGACUAUGAGAUCUUCAACGACCCGCGCACCAUUGGUUUCACAGUAUACUCACCAGAGGACACAGCCAGGCACUGUCGAGAGAUUUUCUUCAAAGCUCCCACCAAUGAGUCGUGAUAAAUCGUGCAGCAGGCACUCUCACAGUCAGCUUCCCCUGGGCUCCCCCUGUUGUUGUGGGCAGUUACUAAGAGCACCUGAAGGAGAAGAGGUGGAAAUGGGAGGUAAACCACUACAGAUUUGUAAUCAAUGCAUUGUUGUUGUAUAAUAUUAUUCUAACUAGCACUGGACACAUAAAGGGAUCAUCAGUAAUUCACAUUGGCUGGACUCCCAUUGAAAUUAUUAUGAGAUGUGGACAGAUCUGCUUUUUUAAAGGGAUGGUAGCUCAAACAAUGUGAGGAAGUGUACUAAUGUUUUCAGUUUUUUAUCAUGACUAAGUGUUUCUCUAAGGUUUUAAUGUAAUAUCUGACUGUUUAACAUCUAUCAACCCAAUGUUUUUUGUAGCGUGUCCCUGUAUUUGUAUGUAACAUCAAAUUAACCAAAUGUCUUAUAGGCCCUCCUGUAAGACAAUCCUCUUUUGUGAAUAUCAUGUGAAGAUUUACAUACAUUUUGAGUAUAUCAUGUAAAUACUCACUUAUCUUUUUCACUAAUAUUGAUACAGUUAUCUGACAAACUGGGUUUUGGAUCAUUUGUUUUCUUUGUGAAUGUAGGAAGUGACUAGUGUUGUCUUUGAACAAAAUGGAGCGAGACAGAAGAGAGAAAAUGUGUUUUUUUGCUCUGUGCCAGUCCACUUUCAGAUUAAGUGCCUAUAGAAAGUCUGCACCCCCCCUUGAAUUUGUUUCACAUUUUGUUGCGUUACAAAGUGGGAUUGAAAUAGAUUAAUUGUAAUUGUUUGUCAAGUUUUUUACAAAUGUUUAAAAAAAAUUAUAACUAAAAUAUAAUAAUUCCUUUAAGUAUUCACCCCCUUUGUUUAGGCAAGCCUGAAUUAGUUCAGAAGUCAAAUGUGGCUUAACAAAUCGCAUAAUAAUUUAUAUGGACUCACUCUGUACUCUGUGUGAAAUAAUAGGGGUUGACAUUAUAUUUUUUUAUGACCACUUCUUGCUCUGUCCUCCCAGGGCUUUUUCGAAAGCUUCAAAAAUAAAGGGCAGUGAUUGGUA